AUGACAUCGCCUGGGCCGUCGAUAGCUGGGCCAGCUGGAUCUGGAAAGCUUGCUCGUACUGCGAAUGAUUAUCUGGCGUCCGUGCGCGACAAAAGUCCCGCAAAGUACGGUUUCUUUGCUGCCAUGCCUGACCUGACGAAUACUGAGGCAGCACUUGCCGAGAUCCAAUAUGCGCACGACACUCUUGGAGCUGAUGGCAUCAUGCUCAUGACAAGUCCGGAGGGCUCUGGACGACAGGAAUGCGGUAGUGCUAGUUCAUCCGACGCACGCUGUCGACACGAAUCUGAUUGCAAAGAACCUACCGCAGCCCGUUCAUGGAUCACCCACAACGAGACCACUCGGACGGCCAUUGACCUUAUCAUGUCGAAGCGCUGCAGAACUUACAAGAACGUCAAAAUCAUCCUUUCCCAUGCCGGCGGCACCCUUCCAUACCUGGCCAAGCGCGCUGCUUCGUUGGGUGAAGUCGGGCUAACCACCAAAACCGUAGAAGAGAUCCUCGACGAUACUGGGCUGUUCUACUUCGACCUCGCGCUUUCUUCGUCGCAGCAGACGAUCCAAAUGCUGUUGCAAUAUACAACACCCGAUCACAUUUUGUACUUCAGUGACUCUCCGUACGCGCCGCGGACAACGAUUGACAGACUCGCGCCAGAGCUCGAUCAGGCCGAGUUAGAGCCCCGUUUGAACAUGGCUUUCAAUCGAGGAAAUGCUCUCAAACUGUUCCCGAGAUUCGGUGGGCAGUGA